UGACGUCCCGUCCGUCUAUAUCUCCCACCCAUCGUGAUAGCGAAGCAUGGGCGUCGCGAAAAGUGAUACGUGGCCUGUUGCAUAUCUCGACGCUCGCCGACGGACGGGAUGGCUGUAGUUCAGACGCUGUGUGUGGCUGUAUGUGUGGUUACUUUCCUGUGUCCAUUAACGUGUCUGGCCGACGAAGCGGAUUCAGCGGCGGCGGAACAAAUCAAGGCGAAGUAUGGUGCCAAGAACUUCGUGCGGGAUAUGGAGCAUCUGAAAGAAGACCUAGCCAAGAUCACGGAACUUCAAAUGGAAGGAAAACUCACGGACGAAGAAAUGAUAUUCUACUUUUUUCGGAUGCACGACUUUGACGACAACAACAUGCUCGAUGGUCUAGAACUCCUGGCGGCCAUGAGGCACACGGAGACACAUUCAGGAAUGCCUUCACCGUCAUUAGAGGAUCUUGUUGCUGCAACAGAUGCCAUGCUGGAGCUGGACAAGGACAAAGAUGGCUUCCUCAACUACUUCGAGCUACGAUCGGCCACGUGAUCUGUGUCCUGUAUCGGUGUAAAUAUGCUAGUUCUGUAAGAUAUACUUAAUCUCGCUGCCAAAUGACAUCCUUCGCAGAAAAUGAACAAUGCUGAUGGUUCAUCUUUAACGUCUACGUUCAUGGAAUAAAGAAUAUUUGUAACGAACAAGUCA